AGCCCCCCAAUUUUUCAUACAAAUUCUAAAAACACUCUCUUUCCUCUUUUCCCAUACAGUUCACACUCUCCUCUGUCACUUUUUUCCUCCAUUUUUCAUACGCCCAUUUCCUCCCAAAUCCACACGCAGAUCUGACCCUCGUCGAACCAGAUCGGAGCUCUAGUUACACUGGCAAUGGAGGAGGCACUGGAAUUGGCACGUGCCAAGGACACGAAGGAGAGAAUGGCGGGCGUAGAACGACUCCACCAACUUCUCGAAGCAUCUAGAAAGAGCCUCUCUUCUUCGGAAGUCACUUCUCUUGUGGAUGUUUGCUUAGAUCUUCUGAAAGACAACAACUUUAGGGUCUCUCAGGGUGCUUUACAAUCGCUCGAUUCCGCCGCUGUACUCUCCGGUGAACACUUGAAGCUUCACUUCAAUGCACUUGUACCUGCCGUCGUUGAAAGAUUAGGCGAUUCGAAGCAGCCCGUUAGAGAUGCGGCUAGACGAUUGUUGCUUACUUUGAUGCAGGUUUCUUCACCAACUAUCAUUGUUGAGAGGGCAGGGUCUUAUGCUUGGAUGCACAAAAGCUUCAGAGUUCGAGAAGAAUUUGCUCGAACUGUUACAUCAGCAAUUGGUCUUUUUUCAGCAACUGAGCUGCCCCUUCAACGGGCCAUUCUUCCUCCUAUUCUGCAAAUGUUGAGUGAUCCUAAUCCUGGUGUUAGAGAUGCAGCCAUAUCAUGUAUUGAGGAGAUGUAUUCACAGGCUGGACCUCAGUUCCGUGAUGAGCUUCAGCGCCAUCAUCUUCCUACAAUGAUGCUAAAAGAUAUUAAUGCCAGACUAGAGAAGAUUGAGCCCAAAAUUCGACUAGCAGAUGGAAUUCCAAAAAACUAUUCAGCUGCUGAGGUGAGACCCACUAGUCUUAAUCCCAAGAAAAGCAGCCCGAAGGCUUGCCAUUUGUUAAGCUUCUUAUCCCAAGAGCUUUUGGGAGAUUUUGAGGCAUGUGCCGAGAUGUUCAUUCCAGUUCUUUUCAAGCUUGUUGUGAUAACUGUUCUUGUAAUUGCAGAAUCUGCUGAUACCUGCAUAAAAACGAUGUUGCGCAACUGCAAAGUUGCUCGUGCACUUCCUCGAAUAGCUGAUUGUGCAAAGAAUGAUCGUAAUGCAGUCCUUCGUGCAAGAUGCUGUGAGUAUGCACUUCUAAUCCUGGAACAUUGGCCCGAUGCUUCUGAGAUACAACGUUCAGCAGAACUCUAUGAAGACCUUAUAAAAUGUUGUGUAGCAGAUGCAAUGGGUGAGGUACGAUCAAUUGCAAGAACUUUGUACAGAAUGUUUGCAAGAACUUGGCCCGAACGUUCCAGGCGUUUGUUUAUGUCCUUUGAUCCUGUUAUCCAAAGGAUCAUAAAUGAGGAAGAUGGUGGAACUCACAGACGACAUGCUUCACCUUCUGUUCGAGAGAGGAGUUCACACUUCUCACUUGCUCCUCAAACAUCUGCUUCGCAAAUUCCUGGUUAUGGAACAUCUGCAAUAGUUGCUAUGGAUAGAACUUCCAGUUUGCCUUCAGGCACGUCCCUCUCCUCUGGGCUACUCCUGUCACAAACAAAACCUGUGGGUACUGGCACAGAACGUAGCUUGGAAAGUGUACUUCAUGCCAGCAAACAGAAAGUUUCUGCUAUAGAAAGCUUGCUCAAAGGUCUGGAUAUAUCUGAGAGAAGUCGAUCCUCUAGUUUGGAUCUAGGAGUUGACCCACCAUCGUCCCGUGAUCCACCAUUUCCUCUUGCUGUUCCUGCGUCGAAUAGUCUUGCUAAUGCUUUGGUAGAUGCACCAUCUGGUUUCUCUAAAGGUAAUAAUCGCAAUGGUGGAUUGGGUUUGUCCGAUAUCAUUACUCAGAUCCAGGCCUCGAAGGAUUCUGCUAAAGCAUCCUAUCGAAGUAGUGUGGUUCAUGAAUCCUUUUCAGCUAAUUCGGCAAGAAGGGCUUCUGAAAAACUACAAGAUAGAGGAUUUGUUGAAGAUCAUGCUGAACUUAGGGAAGGUAGGCGGUUAAUGAACUCGCAUGUUCACAGACAAUAUGUAGAGUCACCAUACAAAGAUGCUAACUUUAGGGAUUAUCAGAAUAAUUACGUUCCAAACUUUCAACGUCCUCUAUCAAGAAAGAACACAGCAGGAAGAAUGUCUGCUAGCAAGAGGAGGAGCUUUGAUGACAGUCAGCUCCCACUAGGAGAAAUGUCAAGUUAUGUGGAUGGACCCGCUUCACUAAGUGAUGCAUUAAGUGAGGGUCUCAGUCCUAGUUCAGAUUGGAAUGCUAGGGUUGCUGCAUUUAGCUAUGUCAGGUCUUUGCUACAGCAGGGGCCUAGAGGUAUUCCAGAAAUCAUUCAGAGCUUCGAGAAGGUUAUGAAAUUAUUUUUCCAGCACCUUGAUGAUCCCCAUCAUAAAGUUGCACAGGCAGCUCUGUCAACCCUUGCAGAUCUUAUUCCAGCUUGCAGAAAACCAUUUGAAAGUUACAUGGAGAGGAUUUUGCCCCAUGUUUUCUCACGGCUAAUUGAUCCCAAGGAAUCGGUGAGGCAGCCUUGCUCAACUACAUUAGAAAUUGUAAGCAAAACAUAUGGUAUAGAUUCCCUUUUGCCAGCUUUGCUCCGUUCAUUGGAUGAACAGCGUUCUCCGAAGGCCAAACUUGCUGUAAUUGAGUUUUCAAUUGGCUCGUUUAACAAGCAUCCUUCGAAUUCUGAAGGUGCUGGAAAUAGUGGCAUCCUCAAGUUAUGGCUUGCUAAGUUGACACCACUAGUCUAUGAUAAAAACACCAAACUGAAAGAAGCAGCUAUUUCAUGUAUUAUAUCAGUGUACACACACUUUGAUGCAACAGGGGUUUUGAAUUUUAUUCUUAGCUUAUCAGUUGAAGAACAAAAUUCCUUGAGGCGGGCACUUAAACAGUAUACCCCUCGUAUAGAGGUGGAUUUGAUGAAUUUUCUACAGAAUAAGAAAGAAAGGCAACGUUCCAAGUAUGAUCCAUCUGAUGUUGUUGGAACAUCUUCUGAAGAGGCAUAUAUAGGAGCUUCAAAGAAAAGUCAUCUAUUUGGAAGGUAUUCUGGUGGUUCAGUUGAUAAUGAUGGUGCCAGAAAAUGGAACUCUUUUCCAGACUCGACCUAUAUGACUAGCUCCAUAGGUCACUCGUUGUCUGAUGAUACUCAAGACUUCUAUCGUGGUGUUGAAACUGGUUCCAACUCCGAUCUUCCUGUUUCAAAAGCUUUGGCCCUUACCGCUAAUCAGAGUGACAGAUUGUGGGAUAAUCCGCAGGAAUGUAAUGACGACAGCUUAAAGAUGGAGCACACUUCCACUCCCCAUCUGGAGGUUAAUGGGUUAGUUGACUCGGAGCAUCUAGGGGUAGCUGCGGGUGUUGGGGCUGAUAAGGAAUCUGAUUUGGGACUUAAUCACCUGAAACUUUCUGCUCUGAAGAUAAACUCAACUCCAACAACUGGACCAAGCAUUCCUCAAAUUCUGCAUACGAUCUGUAAUGGCAGUGAUGAAAGUUGUGCUGCCAACAAGCAUGGUGCACUUGAACAACUAGUUGAAGCUAUUGCCAAUGAUCAAUCUAUAUGGAAUAAGUACUUCAAUCAGAUAUUGACUGCUGUACUCGAGGUGCUAGAUGAUUCUGAGUCUUCAAUAAGAGAACUUGCUCUAUCUCUGAUAGUCGAAAUGCUGAAGAAUCAGAGAGAUGCUAUGGAGGAUUCAGUUGAGGUUGUAAUUGAAAAACUGCUCAACGCAACCAAGGAUGUUGCCCCGAAAGUUGCAAAUGAAGCCGAGCAUUGUUUAACUAUGGUGUUGUCCUUGUAUGACCCAUUUAGAUGCUUAAGUGUUGUUGUUCCUUUGCUUGUCACCGAAGAUGAGAAGACUCUUGUAACUUGUAUUAACUGUUUGACAAAGCUUGUGGGGAGGCUUUCCCAGGAAGAAUUGAUGUCUCAGCUACCCUCGUUCUUACCUGCCCUGUUUGAUGCUUUUGGAAACCAGAGUGCAGAUGUUCGCAAGACUGUUGUGUUCUGUUUGGUUGACAUAUACAUCAUGCUCGGCAAAGCAUUUUUGCCAUACUUGGAAGGGCUGAACAGCACGCAGUUAAGAUUGGUGACUAUUUAUGCAAAUCGAAUAUCACAGGCCAGAACAGGUACUCCUAUAGAUGCUAACCGCAGUUAGCUGUUGCCAGCUUUUUGGAAUUUCCUUGUUGGUUCCUGAGGAGUUUAAUCUUAUCAUUCAAUCUUUGAUGUGUCCUGUAUAUCGUGUGAAUGUGCAUUUUGAAGGCGGGUAAAGUUUUAUUCUUUUAUUUAACUGUGUGUUCAUCUUUUUUCCUCCCAUAUAUUGGUUGGGAGUUGGAGAGUGCGUGUUGGGAACAAGAGUGAUGUUGUAAACAGUAAAUGUUGUGCUUAUAAUGAAAUUUACAGUUUAUUGAA